AUGCAAGAUCUCAGAAUGCUUUCACAUGCACUCGGAUUUUCUGAGCGUGCAAUAGAAAGACGUUUAUCACAGCAUGAAGUGAAUACCAGUAUUACAACAACAGAAUUAUUAAAUUUUGUUGAACGAGGAAUAUUUGCCUAUGAUUUGCAUGAACAUUAUGACUCACGAUCCGGAACAUAUAAUAGUCUUGUAUUGGCAAAAGCCAUAAAAAUGAUUGAUGCAAAAUUAUUUAGUUUUGGCGAAUUGAAAAAAAUUCGAAUGGCAUAUGAAAUAUAUGAAAUGUGUUGUACAUAUAAUCUUAAACAUGAUCAUAGCGCAAUUUUACGAUCAAUUCAAUUUUGUGAUCGAUCGAUAAGUCCAUUAAAAUUAAAACAUCGUCUGAGACACAUUUCACCGUUAUUACAUGAACCAGGUAAACUGCAUUUAUAUGAUUAUAUCGAUAUUGUACUAAGUAGUCAACCAAUAACAAAAGUAAAAUUUUCUCGUCCACAAACGGCCGGUAUUCUCGAAAAGGAGUCGAAUGAGUGCUACAAAUUGAAUAGUCAAGAUCCAUGUACAGACGAACAAUACAUGUUACGUCAAUUAGAUGAAUUGUAUCUUCAUGAAGAAAGAAACUGGAAUUUUAAUGAAAUUCAAUUUCAAGAUAAAAUGAAUGAGAAUGCUGUGUGGCCGGCAAUUGUCAUUCGUAAACAUCGAAUUCAAAAUGCGAAUGAAGUACAAAAACAAUUACAAAAUCAACUAGUGGAGAGUCGUUCAUCUCUAAAAUUGUCACGAGCGAGAAGCGGAUAUUCUUCCACAAACCAAUAUCCAGCUACUCAAUGUAUUCAAAGAAAAGUAACAAUUCAUCUAUUAAUAGAACAAGUAUUAAAUAUGUUUUAA